AGGAAGCAGGCAGGACCAGCAGGAUGACGACCGCCAUUGACGGGGUCGAGAGGUUUGACAGCGCCGGCAAAGGGCGAGGUCUCCGCGUAACGAGAGCCUUUAAAGUCGGAGAGCUGCUCUUCUCCAGCCCGGCCUACACCUACGUGCUGUCCGCCAGAGAGAAAGGAGGAUACUGUGAGUUCUGCUUCAACAGGAAGGAGAACCUGGCAAGAUGUGGGAAGUGCAAGAAGGCUUACUACUGCAAUGUCAAAUGUCAGAAGGGGGACUGGGCCAUGCACAAGCUGGAGUGCUCUGCCAUGGUUGCUUUCAGGGAGAAAUGGUGCCCGUCAGAGACGUCCCGACUUGUGGCUCGAAUUCUCGCCAGGAAGAAAACACAGAAGGAACGAUGUUCGUCGGAGAAGAUUUUGCCGAUAGAAGAAAUGCAGUCACACGUAGAGGACGUAGACAACGAGAAAAGAGAGGAGAACCAGGCAGACGUGGCCAGGCUGCAUCAGUUUUACUCCAAAAAUCUGGACUUUCCCGACGCCAAAGAGCUGCUCUCGCUCUUCUCCCAGGUGUCCUGUAAUGGCUUCACCAUAGAAGAUGAUGAACUGUUCCAUAUGGGCACCGCAGUCUACCCGGACCUGGCGCUAAUAAACCACAGCUGUCUCCCCAGUGUCAUCGUCACUUAUAACGGGACGCGGGCGGAGGUCCGAGCGGUGAAAGACAUGAAGCCCGGAGAUGAAGUCCUGAUCAGCUAUAUAGACCUUCUGUACCCGACUGACGACCGCAACAAGAGGCUGAGGGAGUCCUACUACUUCACCUGCGACUGUCAGGAGUGUAAGAGCAGGUCUAAAGACAAGGUGAAGCUGAAGGUGCGCAAGCAGAUGGAGGCCGAGGCUGUCAGCGCCACGGUGCGCUACGCCAGGAAGACCAUUCGGGAGUUCCGGGCCCUCAAAGACGUGAAAACCCCUAGCGAGCUGCUGGAGAUGUGCGAGCAGAGCCUGGAAGAGAUGGGGGCCGUGUUGGACGACUCCAACGUCUACAUGCUGCACAUGAUGUACCAGGCCAUGGGCGUGUGCAUCUACAUGUCGGACACAGAGGGCGCCGUCAGAUACGGCGAGAAGCUCCUCAAACCCUUCAGCCAGCUGUAUCCUGCCUACUCUCUGAACGUGUCGUCCGUGUACCUGAAGCUGGCCAGACUCUACAUGGACCUGGACAGGCUCUCCAUGGGCAGGAGUGCGCUGAAGAAGGCAAUGGCCAUCAUGGAGGUGGCCCAUGGGAGAGAACACCACUAUGUGAAAGUGCUGCGCGAGGACAUGACACAACUGGGAUGAGCGUCUUUCAAUACUUUCUCAGGUUUUCAUACUGAAAGAAUAUAAGCCAAUGAAGUAUUAUUUAUGGAUGUUUUUAACAUAACAUACUGUAUUUUCCGGACCAUAGGGCGCACUGGAUUAUAAGGCGCACUGCCGAUGAAUGGUCUAUUUUCUAUCUUUUUUCGUAUGAGGCGCACUGGAUUAUAGGGCGCAUUAAGGGAGUCAUAGUAUUAUUAUGUUUUCUAAAUGUAAAAGACUUCCUUGUGGUCUACAUCAGUGUUUUUCAACACUAGUGUGCCAUGAGACACAGUCUGGUGUGCCGUGGGAGAUGAUCUAAUUUCACCUAUUUAGGUUAAAAAUAUUUUUUGCAAAGCAGUAAUUAUAGUCUGCAAAUGAUGUGUCGGUGCUGUCUAGAGCUCGGCGGAGUAACCGUGUAAUACUCUUCCAUAUCAGUAGGUGGUAGUCGGUAGCUAAUUGCUUUUUAGAUGUGGGAAACAGCGGGAAGCAGGGUGCAGGUAAAGAGGUGUCUAGUGCUUAAACCAAAAAUAAACAAAAGGUGAAUGCCCCUAAGAAAAGGCAUUGAAGCUUAGGGAAGGCUAUGCAGAACGAAACUAAAACUGAACUGGCUACAAAGUAAACAAAAAAAGAAUGCUGGACGACAGCAAAGACUUACAGCGUGUGGAGCAGACGGCGUCCACAAAGUACAUCCGUACAUGACAUGACAAUCACCACCAAAAUAGGAGCGCAAGACAAGAAGUAAAACACUACACACAGGAAAACACAGAAAAACUCAAAAUAAGUCAGGGUGUGAUGUGACAGGUCGUGACAGUAGACCUACUUUGAGACAAGAGCUAUAGUGAUGCAUGCUUGGUUAUGGUUAUGGUUUGAAUUCAUAUCCGACAAUUGCGACAACGACUUUUUACUGUCAACUGAGUUUCGUUUUUUAACGAUUUCUGCUGGUGGUGUGCCUCCGCAUUUUUUCAACGCAAAAAAUGUGCCUUGGCUCAAAAAAGGUUGAAAAACACUGGUCUACAUAACAUGUAAUGGUAGUUCUUUGGUCAAAAUGUUGCAUAGAUGAUGUUUUACAGAUCAUCUUCAAGUCGCUUUCUGACAGUCACUUCAGGAUGUGCUGUUUUGUGGGCGGUCUUAUUUACGUGACUCACCUUCGACAGCGUCUUCUCCCCGCCAUCUUUGUUGUAGCGGUGUAGCGUGCAAGGACGGGAGUGGAAGAAGUGUCAAAAGAUGGAGCUAACUGUUUUAAUGACGUUCAGACUUUACUUCAAUCAAUAACGGAGCAGCAUCUCCUCAUCCGGAAACAACAACAACAGGAAAUGUGUCCCGUGAAAAAGCGUCCGACCGGAACUCUCUAAUAACUAAAGUUCCUUGGGUGAAUAAUGUAAACUCACUAUACCGGUAUGUUUUAGCGCUUUCAUGGUGAGUUUACUGACAGAUAUAAGUAAGAACUUUACACUACUUUAUAUUAGAAAUGGCAACAGCGGAGGAUGAAUGUCACAUAACAAGAAGAUAGAGAAAAAGAAGAAGCUUAUCGACUACAAAGGGGGACGCGCGGAAAUUUUCAGGACUUAUGCAGAUCACAAAUACAGAUCAGCAGGUACCUAAAGGUAAGAAAAGUUGCUUUUGCAUAAUAUUGCGAAACAAAACGCCAGAUAAUAUGUCUUACCUUAUACACACACCAUAAUAAUACUGGUAUGUUGAAGCACAGUACAAUCCAUCAAGCGGUGUGGCUUCAUAGCUUACCAAAGUCCUACUAAAACAUUUUGAUAGAUUUUUAAACGCUGUGUGUAAUGUUCUAUAUUUUCAAUGGGACAUAUAAAAAGUUGGUGUCUACUUGAGUCAUAUUGCAGUCGACACGUAUCUCUUAUGUUUGACUGCCAUCUGCCGGUCACACUUAUCAUUUCACCAUGUACCAAAUAAAAUUGCUUCGAGAUCGGUAAGCACAACCAGAAUUAUUCCGUACAUUAGGCGCACCGAGGUAUAAGGCGCACUGUCCAGUUUUGAGGGAAAAAAAUGAUUUUAAGUGCGCCUUAUAGUCCGGAAAAUACGGUAAGCGUGUUAUUUUGUCUCUCCAGAGAGUUGUGCAUUUGAUGUUUACUGAUGUGGCCCAAAGUUGCUGCUUUCAACUCUUAAGAGCUCUUACAAUUUCAGUUACACUUUUUACCCUCAGGUCCCAAAUUGGUCCCGCUUAGAAAGGUGCAAUAAAAAUGUAAUAGAUAUUUGUUUUGUUUUUCACCAUCACCCAUAUUUUGGCAAAAACGUUCAUACAAACUAUAUAUAUAUAACGCUUUUUUCAUAUUUAUUUAAUUGUUUGAAUUGUUUUUUUAAACACGUAUUUGGAUAUACACAUAUGUUUGUUUGGAAUGGAUA